AUGAAGCUCACCGCUUCCGUCGCCAUGGCACUCGCCUCCCUGGCGGCCGCCGACAUCUUCGACGAUUCCACCGAAGAGCUCAAGCUCGAUAUGGACGACGUCCCGAGGUCCUGCAAGACCAUCUGCAACCCAAUCGCCACCCUCUCCAAGCAGUGCGACGUCGACCUCGGUCUCGGCAAGGGCAAGGACGAGGACCUCCUCCACAACCAGUGUGUCUGCACCAACAACAGUUUCAAGGUUGGCCAGAUCGCCGCCGAGUGCGCCGACUGUAUGCAUCAGCACAUAAAAGCCAAGCGCAGCUUGAGUAGCCACGACGACGACGACGACAUUGACUCGGACGACGUCAAAGACAUUGACCGUCUCGUCUCCGGCUGCGGCUUCUCCUCUGCCCACUACAACCCGACAAUGGCCGCGGCCGCUGCCACAAUUACCGUCGAUGCCACGGCGCCGUCGCACAAGGACCAGCUCACGACCACAAUCAAGGGCACCCACAACGCCGCCGCUCCCACCGCCAUUCCCGGUUACAUGUACGCUGGCGCCGCCGCCGCCGCCGCUGCUGCCAUGCUGUAG